CGACGCUGGUGAACACGAGCAAUAAAGGACCGUCUGGCAAGAAGAAAGGGCGCUCGAAGAAGGCUCAUGUUUUGGCUGCCUCAGUGGAGCAGGCCACUCAGAACUUCUUGGAAAAAGGAGACCAAAUUGCUAAAGAGAGCCAGGAUCUCAAGGAGGAGUUGGUUGCUGCUGUAGAUGAUGUUCGAAAACAAGGAGAGACGAUGCGGAUCGCCUCGUCGGAGUUCGCGGACGACCCCUGCUCCUCGGUGAAGAGGGGCACCAUGGUGCGCGCUGCCCGCGCCCUGCUCUCGGCCGUCACCCGCCUGCUCAUCCUGGCUGACAUGGCUGAUGUCAUGAGGCUCCUCUCACACCUCAAAAUCGUAGAGGAGGCGCUAGAAGCUGUGAAAAAUGCAACAAAUGAGCAAGAUUUAGCCAAUCGCUUUAAGGAAUUUGGGAAGGAAAUGGUUAAGCUGAACUAUGUCGCUGCAAGGCGACAACAGGAGCUGAAGGAUCCUCACUGCAGGGACGAGAUGGCCGCGGCCCGCGGGGCUCUGAAGAAGAAUGCCACCAUGUUGUACACGGCCUCGCAGGCCUUCCUGCGCCACCCCGACGUGGCGGCCACGAGGGCCAACAGGGACUACGUCUUCAAGCAAGUGCAGGAGGCCAUUGCUGGCAUCUCCAACGCUGCCCAGGCCACCUCGCCCACCGAUGAGAACAAGGGCCACACUGGCAUAGGAGAGCUGGCUGCUGCUUUGAAUGAGUUUGAUAACAAGAUCAUCCUGGACCCGAUGACGUUCAGCGAGGCGCGGUUCCGGCCGUCCCUGGAGGAGCGUCUGGAGAGCAUCAUCAGCGGGGCGGCGCUCAUGGCCGACUCCUCGUGCACGCGCGACGACCGCCGCGAGCGCAUCGUGGCCGAGUGCAACGCCGUGCGCCAGGCCCUGCAGGACCUGCUCUCCGAGUACAUGAACAAUACUGGAAGGAAGGAGAAGGGAGACCCACUCAACAUUGCCAUUGACAAGAUGACCAAGAAAACACGAGACCUUCGGAGACAGCUCCGGAAGGCAGUGAUGGAUCACAUAUCAGAUUCAUUCCUGGAGACCAACGUCCCUCUGCUGGUUCUCAUCGAGGCCGCCAAAAGCGGCAACGAGAAAGAAGUGAAGGAAUACGCUCAGGUCUUCCGUGAACACGCCAACAAGUUAGUGGAGGUUGCAAAUCUGGCCUGUUCAAUCUCCAAUAAUGAGGAAGGUGUGAAGUUAGUCCGUAUGGCAGCCACACAGAUUGAUAGUCUGUGCCCACAGGUAAUUAAUGCUGCACUCACGUUGGCUGCCAGACCCCAGAGCAAAGUAGCCCAGGACAACAUGGAUGUGUUCAAGGACCAGUGGGAGAAACAGGUGCGAGUUCUCACUGAGGCUGUCGACGACAUCACUUCAGUGGAUGAUUUCCUCUCUGUUUCAGAAAACCACAUCCUGGAAGAUGUGAACAAGUGUGUGAUUGCCCUGCAAGAGGGGGACGUGGACACGCUGGACAGGACGGCGGGCGCCAUCCGGGGCCGCGCAGCCAGGGUCAUCCACAUCAUCAACGCAGAGAUGGAGAACUAUGAGACUGGGGUGUACACUGAGAAGGUGCUGGAAGCUACCAAACUGCUCUCUGAAACUGUGAUGCCACGUUUUGCUGAGCAAGUGGAGGUGGCCAUCGAAGCCCUGAGUGCCAACGUGCCCCAGCCCUUCGAGGAGAACGAGUUCAUCGACGCCUCCCGCCUGGUCUACGACGGAGUCCGGGACAUCAGGAAAGCUGUCCUGAUGAUCAGGACCCCUGAGGAGCUCGAGGACGACUCAGACUUUGAGCAGGAGGAUUAUGACGUGCGCAGCCGAACCAGUGUCCAGACUGAGGAUGAUCAGCUCAUUGCUGGCCAGAGUGCAAGGGCUAUCAUGGCCCAGCUGCCCCAGGAGGAGAAGGCAAAGAUUGCUGAGCAGGUGGAGAUAUUCCACCAAGAAAAGAGCAAGCUGGAUGCAGAGGUGGCCAAGUGGGAUGACAGUGGCAAUGACAUCAUUGUGCUGGCCAAGCAGAUGUGCAUGAUUAUGAUGGAAAUGACAGAUUUCACCAGAGGGAAAGGGCCCCUGAAGAACACCUCUGAUGUCAUUAAUGCAGCCAAGAAGAUUGCAGAGGCAGGAUCCAGGAUGGACAAACUGGCACGGGCAGUAGCUGAUCAGUGCCCAGACUCAGCCUGCAAGCAGGAUCUGCUGGCCUACCUGCAGCGCAUUGCCCUGUACUGCCACCAGCUCAAUAUCUGCAGCAAAGUGAAGGCGGAAGUUCAGAACCUGGGAGGAGAACUCAUUGUGUCAGGGCUGGACAGUGCCACUUCUCUCAUCCAGGCAGCUAAAAACCUGAUGAACGCUGUGGUCCUUACAGUGAAAGCAUCAUAUGUGGCUUCUACUAAAUAUCAGAAGGUCUAUGGCACUGCUGCAGUGAACUCUCCAGUUGUAUCUUGGAAGAUGAAGGCCCCCGAGAAGAAACCUCUAGUAAAGAGAGAAAAACCAGAAGAAUAUCAGACAAGAGUGAGGAGAGGGUCCCAGAAGAAACAUAUUUCCCCUGUACAGGCCUUAAGUGAAUUUAAAGCUAUGGAUUCAUUCUAAACCACUGAGCUUUACCAGGAGGGUUUUUUAUUCUUUUUUGUAUGCGUACCUGCCGACUUGUGUGCGUCUGGCAUGGGGUGGGGGGGACAAAGUGACAAUUUGCAUGCGACCUGAGACUCUAUUCCAGUAAAUAACUCUCUGCAGUGCCCAAAAUUCAGGGCAUUGCCUUCUGAUAUUAAGUGGACUUAAUUCCAAGCUUCCUUUUUAAACUAAACUAUAGCAUUAAAUUGGCCAAAGAAUUUGCCUCACGGGGCUAUACGUGUGGAAUAAAUGAUAAAUUCAAGUCUAAACCCUGAAAUUUUUAUGCAUGCAAGAAACAUUAGGUUGGCAGGUAUAUUAAGUGAAAAAUAAAAAAAAAAAAAAGGAAUUGUAAUGGUAGACCAUAAAGCUUGUAUUGCUUCUGUUGCAGUGCAAAAAUGUACUAGCCAAUAUGCUUCAAUGUGUGGCCCAAUAAUUAAAUGAUAUAACUUUUAAGUCAUCUUCAUUAUAGUAUGUGAAUUUUUAAAACAGAUUCAAACUAAUUCAUCUUAAAAAUGCUUCUUUUGAACCAGAUUUUGUUCUUUAUAUUCUAGUAGUGUUAUGACUGCUCACAUUUCAAUUAAUCCCAUUAAUAUGACCAGAGGUUUACUUUUGCCAAUUGAAUUCCUUAUGGUGGAGUAUGAAGCACAAUAUGGUGAUUGACAUUGCCUUUUAUAUUAUGAUUAUUAUUCUGAUUAUUAUUAUUAUUAUUAUAUUAGUAAUAGAAGACCUGGUGGUGGAAUGUUUAGAGACACGGAAACUGACAGUGUGAGAAUUUAGAGGCAAAUAUGUAGGUGUAGCUUGGAUUACAGGUAUCUGACAUACCAUUGUAACCACUAACUCAAUAAACUCAUUUAACCUUGGAAUCCUCAA